CCAUCUUCACAAAUCAAUACGCUCUUUUUACCAAAUUCACUCAUCAUCUCACUCAAAUCCCCAUCACUACAAAAAUCAUCACUUGGAGAGAAGAAGAGGAAUCUGACCAAAAAUGGGAAGGAAGAAGGGAGUACAACAGUUCGAUGAAGGAGCACCGGAUGACUUCGACCCUAAUAACCCGUACAAGGACCCGGUAGCUUUCUUCGAGAUGAGAGAGCAUUUGGUUAGAGAGAAGUGGAUCGACAUUGAAAAAGCCAAGAUCCUCCGUGAAAAGCUCCGUUGGUGCUACCGUAUCGAAGGUGUUAACCACCUUCAGAAGUGCCGCCACCUUGUUCAGCAGUAUCUUGACGCAACCCGCGGUGUUGGGUGGGGCAAGGACCUUCGUCCUCCCUUUAUGCAUGGGCCUAAGGUUGAAGCUGUCGAGUCCGAAUGAUUCUAUUAUCUCAGGUUUGUAUGUCCAGUUGAAGGUAUAAACUUCAGAGGUGGUUGGGCUUACCAACUGGUGAUUCCAAUUUAUCUCUCUGCUUCUGCAGUUCACUGCUUAAGACCUCAUUUAUUUCCUUUCAUGUGAAAGACAACAAUGAUUUGCAAUGGCUUUAACUUCAGCCUUGUACUUUUUUUUUUUUUGAGGGAAGUAUAUUUCAUAGUGGAAAUAAAGGAAAAAAACUCAUUGCCUUA